GAGGGACGACCAGGAGACAGACAAGAAGAUGACUACGGAGGAAAUUCAUUUUUAUUUCUCUCUUCCGGGGAAUCUUGUCGUCACCGUUUGUGGCGGAUCCGCGCUGUGAGUACUUCAUCGACGUCAUCGCCAUCCCAUUGCAUUGCUUCCUCCUCUGCGCACUCUGUGUUCCUCCAUUAUCACCAUUCUCGUCCUCCUCUUAAACCAACCAAGCUCUUCGCCCUCUCUUCUUCCACCAAACUUAAAGGGUGUGUUUGAUUUUCGAAGGACUCGCGGAAAGUUCCGAGCUUGGCUGCUGCUCUGCAGUGUCUGCUCCGUUCCUCUUUUCUUGUUUGUCUCCUUGCUCUGCUUCUGCUUCCGGUGUUCAUAUCAGGAAUGGGGUUCGUGAGCACCUUGUUGGGGAUUCUCGGGUUCGGGAUCGGCGUUUCCGUCGGCCUCUUCAUCGGGUUUUACUUGUUUAUCUAUUCCGAGCCGGAGGAUGUCGAGGAUCCCGUAAUUAGGCCGUUUGACCAAUUAGAUACGACAGCUAUCGAUGAUAUUCUGCCAGAGAUCCCAUUAUGGAUCAAGAAUCCCGACUAUGAAAGAGUAGACUGGUUGAACAAAUUUAUCUUGGACAUGUGGCCAUACUUAGAUAAGGCGAUAUGUGCCAAUAUUAGAAGCAUUGCACAGCCCAUGUUUGAUCAGUACAUUGGGAAGUUCCACAUAGACGCUAUCCAGUUCGAGAAUUUGAGUCUAGGAACUCUCCCGCCUGUAAUACACGGAAUUAAAGUUUUCCAGACUAACGAAAAAGAGUUAGUCAUGGAACCGGCAAUUAGAUGGGCAGGAAACCCAAACAUAGUCCUGUCGGUGAAAGUUCUAUCUCUUCACAUCAGAAUCCAGUUGGUGGACUUGCAAGUGUUUGCAGCUCCUCGCGUCACUCUGAAACCCCUUGUGCCUACUUUCCCAUGCUUUGCUAAUGCCGCGGUGUCUCUGAUGGAGAAGCCGUAUGUCGAUUUCGGGAUGAAAAUACUGGGAGCAGAUAUCAUGUCGAUCCCUGGCCUUUACAGAUAUAUUCAGGAGACCAUAAAAAAAAAUAAUGCGGGUCCAUAUCUCUGGCCGCGAGCUCACAAAGUACCUAUUCUCGAUCCUUCAACAGUAGUCACUAAGAAGCCUGUUGGCAUAUUACAUGUGAAGGUUAUUCGAGCAAUGAAGCUCUUGAAAAUGGAUUUGUUGGGAGCAUCCGACCCAUAUGUGAAGCUAAGCCUGACAGGCGAGAGACUUCCUGCAAAGAAAACCAAUGUCAAGAGGAACAACUUGAAUCCUGAGUGGAAUGAGAAUUUCAAGUUCAUCGUGAAGGACCCAUCAACUCAGACUCUGAAGCUACAAGUCUAUGACUGGGACAAGGUCGGGGGGCAUGACAAGUUAGGAAUGCAGCUGGUUCCUCUGGACUCGCUGAGACCCUAUGAGAAGAAGGAACUCAAGCUCAAUCUAAAAAAUGGAUCGGAUGUUGACGAUCACCAUAAGAAGCAGAGAGGGCACUUGGUGGUGGAGCUGACCGUUGUCCCAUUCAAGGAAGAAAGUGCGAGUUUUAAGGGGUCUUUCAGUGAAUACAAGAGAUACGAGAGUGGGAUUGAUCAGCCGCCCGAUGAAGAUGGGGCCUUCGAAGGGGCUGGUCUCCUCUCUGUGAUGGUCAUAGGAGCCGAGGAUGUGGAGGGGGAGAGGCACAACAACCCCUAUGCCAUAGUUGUUUACCGGGGAGACAAGAAGAAAACGAGGAUGAUACGGAAAACCAGGCGUCCAUUCUGGAACGAGGAGUUCCAAUUCAUGCUCGACGAGCCUCCUCUGAAGGAGAAGAUCCACAUUGAGGUCAUGAGCAAGCGAUCGGGCAUCAGCUUUCGGUCAAAGGAAUCUCUGGGACAUGUCCAAAUUAAUCUUAGCGAUGUUGUUCACAAUGGAAGGAUCAAUGAGAAAUACCAUUUGAUCAAUUCAAAGAAUGGAGUAAUUCAUGUUGAAAUUCGGUGGGAGACAGUUUGAUAGAGAUACUACAGUGUGCCGAGGAUUUCAGAUGUUUUCUGAAUUUCCGAUGUCCCUUGAUCAGAAUUGGAGCGUAAAGUCAUUUGGGGAUGACUACAGAUUCGGAACUAGAGGAAUAUAGCAGAAGAGAUUAUUCAUCCAUAUGUUUAUACAUAUUGCAGUUUACAAUGUACAUUCAGACAGCCGAUAUCGAACCAAAAGGAAAAAUGAAAUUCAUUACCUGGCAAAUUUAGCAGGAAAAUAAAAA